UUCUAGCAGCUAUCAAGUGUCAAAAUUAAUCCCGUGCUGUCUCUUUCAACCGAAUGUGCCUGUUAAAAUUAUAAGUUGCGUAAGCGUAAAAUGUGGAACGAUGCUUGUCCCGGCUGAAUUCGUGUGUAUUGGUCAUGAACGUUUUUCUUCUCGCGUCCGUGUUUCUACUGUUGUCUAAAUCGAUACUAAGUCAAAAAAGUAUAUGCAAAAGUCCGAUUUACUGUCAAGGUGAUCUUCUACGCGUAGUGCAAAUGGCUGGGAUCUUCAAGGACUCCAAGACUUUCGUGGAUAUGAGUUUGAUCAAGAGCGUCGAACGCACGUUGAAGAACUUUGAUAGGCUGAUGGGCAAGACUCAAGGGAAUCCAGGCAAGAACGACAUCGUCGAAUUCGUCCAAAACAAUUUCCAAGCAUCCACCAACGAACUGGACACUUGGUACCCAACGGACUACCAAAUAAGUCCGCCUUUCUUGCGGAAAAUCAGGAAUAUGAGGAUACGCGGUAUGGCGAAACGACUCUUGGACAUGUGGCCGGUUUUAGGUAGGAAAAUCAAACCAGAGGUGAUUCAGAACUCCCAGAAGUACUCCAUCAUACCGCUGCCAAACGGAUUUAUAGUACCGGGAGGGCGCUUCCGAGAAAUCUACUACUGGGACUCCUACUGGAUAAUCAAGGGGUUGUUAAUUUGUGACAUGAAACAUACCUCGAAAGGAAUGAUCGAAAACUUUUUCAGCAUAGUAGAGUCCUAUGGUUUCAUACCAAAUGGUGGUCGCAUUUACUACCUGGACCGGUCGCAACCGCCCUUGCUUACCUUCAUGGUAGCUGCUUAUCUAGAUGCAACGAAUGACAUUAUCUGGUUGAGAAACAACAUCCAACUCAUCGAAAAAGAGCUGAAUUUUUGGCUCACCACGAAGACGAUCCAAAUAGACAAAGGUGGUCGGAGGUAUCAAAUGGCACGCUAUCAAUCCAGCGACGAUAGUCCAAGACCUGAGUCUUACAUAGAAGACGUACACACUGCCUCUAGAUACAGAAGCGAAGAUGAGAAAAGACAGUGCUAUAUGAACUUAAGAACGGGAGCUGAAACCGGGUGGGAUUUUUCAGGUCGGUGGUUCUUCGACGGUCAAGGUGGCAACCAAGCCGACCUCUCCACCAUCAAACCAACCCGCAUCAUUCCAGUGGACCUCAACGCCAUCCUCUGCAGGUGCUUCCUGCUGAUGCACGACUUCUACAUCAAGCUCCGAGAGAAACAAAAAGCCCUUUUCUGGUUAGGCAAACACUUGGAGUUCAAACAAGCCAUCAAAGACGUGCUUUACAACCAAGACGACGGGAUCUGGUACGACUACGACAUCGAACUGCGAGUGCAAAGGAAGCACUUCUAUCCCAGCAACUUCGCUCCUCUAUGGUGUCAAGCGUACGACGCGGAAAUGACAGAGACCUACGCACAACAAGCAGUUAAGUACUUGAAGAUGAUGAACAUAAUGAGCUAUGAAGGUGGAAUUCCGGCGUCGCUCUUUGAAACUGGCGAACAGUGGGAUUUUCCCAACGCGUGGCCGCCCUCCCAGUCCAUGGUGAUUCUAGGACUGGAGAACACUAAGUACCCCGAGGCACAAAAAACUGCCCAUCAGCUGGCUAUGAAGUGGAUCGAAUCUAUGAUAAAAGUGGCCGAAGAGACGCAAGAGAUGUUUGAAAAAUACAGCGCCGUGUUUAAGGGGAUGUAUGGGGGUGGCGGGGAGUACGAAGUGCAGACGGGGUUCGGAUGGACCAACGGAGUCGUGCUUGAGUUAAUCGAAUUAUAUUUCAUUAACAAGAAGGACGCAGAUGGGGAGCAAUUGCCACGCCAGUAUCAGGAAGCUCCGGAAUUCAUUGUAGAAGAUACUUAAGUUUUGGGGCGGGCACUGUAUUUGGUACUGGAAAAUAAAUGUAAUUUUA